UUUGGCCGCACGAAGUUCCACCGGAUUGAGCCACUCCAGUAAGGAAGGUCCCGCUCAUCGGGUCAAACGCGGACCGCGGCUAAACCAGGCGGAAAUAAACGUUGGAAAGUGUUCCUGUGCAUGCGUCGCUAUAGAUAUCAAUAAGCAGCCGACUGAGACUCUCUGGGAGAAAGCGAAGAAGACCACCGCCAUGCGAGUGCCUGGGAAACAUCGCAGAUGAUGCCUCUUAUGGCAGGGCAGACCCUUGGAUAUUGAUCACGUGCGACACACAAUAUCGGGAUACGAGAUGUUUAAUGAGGUGGCGCGACCAUCUGGUGUCUCACUCAUUACAGUGGUCGUGCUGCAGUAUGCACUCACCACCAGAGUGGCAGGCGAAGGGUACCACUGGGAUGGAUCAAGACCGAACCCAUGGUUAGGACGGAGCACACCGACGGAAGAACCGCAAUACCUCGGUGCCCACAACGGUGCGGCUGUUGUCCUUGACAGAAGCGAAUCAAGUGCUGUGGCCGUACGCACGAAGGCACCACCUAUGGACUUGUCAAAUAUCGCUGACUCUGUUCUUCCACCCGCUUUUAUACGUGUCAUAAACCCUAUGGGCCCUGCUGGAUGGGAGCCACACGACAACUCCGUUUCCCAAUCUGUUUCAUUCAACACACCUACAACCACCACCACAACUACUACAACAACCACCACCACAACAUCCACCACGACUACGACGACGCCUAAGCCAACUACAACAACUACCCUUGCCCCGACGACAACCACACAAAGUACUACGACGUUGAAGCCACAACCUACCACAGAAAGGCUUACCACAACAACCAGAAGGCGUCCUGCAGCGUUCAAUAAAGUGCUGCCAACGGCAGUUAAAUCGACGGCUGUAUUCAGAAAGCCCACAUCACCACCGGUGCGAAAACCGAUAGGGCACAGAAGAUUGCAAAAGCCAGAAGUACGAAGCAGGACCACGUCCACAGUUCCGCCAACGACAAAAGCCGUAACAGCCAGCCCGGAAGGACGGCGCGGUCAGAAUAAACCACGGAGAAAGCAACGUCCAGAGAAUGACUCUAACUCAGAAUUGCCUGAAGUUGCUAUCCAUGAGAAAUUAGAUUACCACACAGCAAGUGACGCAGUAGAUACAGGUACAGAGCGGCCCCUUCAGCGACCCUCACACCAAAACAGAGUAAGAAUUCCUCAACUCAAGGAGACAGCAAAACGUCGCAAGCCGUUUGUUCCAAAACCUCGACCUCUCCCUAAGCGAGAGGAGCGCCUUAAAGAGGGGGAGCCCGUGGUACAAGCGAGCAACAAUGAAGAACAGAAUGCCACUCAGCGACCCGAGCUUGACAGGCAUCGCAUUGCAACAAAGCAGCCUCAAACGCAUACGCCGAAGAGGCGACGACGACCUCAGACGCAAAGAUCUUCGAGUACAGUGAAGCCUGUGUCGCCACACCGCACACAUAGCCCGCAGAGACAGUCUUCUAAGCCAGUUAGGCAUCUCGAUCCUGCCACUUAUACGAAGGCUUAUACAACUGGUCGGCCUAUAAGGCAUCACCAGUCUGAGCAGCACACCCUCCCCAAAACAGAUGAACUGCCAGCGGGCCAUCGGGAGGAUGAGCCCGAGAGGUAUCAUCCUCAACACGGCGAACCAUUAAAACACCCAUUGCCAGCGCCUCAAACAGAACCUCGGCAGCCUGUAGCGUUUGGGAAACGCACUCAACAAAAUCGGCAAGAUCAACUACGACCUCAAGGGCAGGAGCCUGCGCCGCAAAUUCGGAAUAGCGAACUGGAGAGCCGUCCUCAACCAGUCACUCCCAGGAGACGACUACUGCCUCAUAAUCAAGCCAACCCAACACGAUCAGCUGAAGUUGGAAGGCGACCACAGCCUCAAGUACAACGUUAUCCUCUAGAAGCGCCACAGCGACUAAAAAGUGCUGAAACCGAGAGACACGAUGACCUCGGCGAGCCAGUGAAGAGACUUCGACAACGACAUGAAGACCGUCCACCUUUUGUACGGUUUUUAAGACGUCCGCAACAUCAGCCUCAUGCUGUGCCAAACUCUGCAGCGCUACCUACCGCUCUUCACACCAUGGAGCCGGAAAGGUAUCCUCAGCCAGGCGGACCGUUGAUGAGGCAUACUUCCCCUACGCGUUCAGCAACACGCCGUAAUCCUUCAGAUGCUCCGAGGCGUCGUCAACAACAAAUACUUCUUAAACACGAGGAGCCAGAUAUGCGACUUCAGAAGAUCGAACCACAGAGGUAUGCAGGGCAGACAGGGCCCGCCAGACGUCUAUCUCCACCACACAGGCUAAUGCAAGCUCCGGACGCAGUACCAGUGAGGUGGAAUCCUCACAGAGACUCAUUUGGCCGACCCAUGCAAGACGACCCUGAAAGGAGGCCAGAGAAGAUAGCAACAUUUUCAAACAUGAACACAGGCGGGCCAGCUAUUCGUCACCAAGGCAUACCACCAGGAAGACAUCAUCUACCUCCCGAACCAAUCAGGCGCAUGGAUUCUAUAGACCUCCUUAGGGAUCCACAAUCAACGCAUGAAGACAGCACUCACGUAUCUAAACAGCCGUCAUACCAACGAACACGUCCCGGAGGUACAGAAGGACGUCAAAGGCUAACAGGGCCACAAAGAAAAGACGAUGUGGAAAAUAGAAGUAGGUAUCACAAGCCAGACGAGUCCAUAGGGCCGACUGAGUCGAUCCAGACACAAAAGUUUAUUCGACGUAAUGAUGAAGCGGAUCACCACGAUCGUCCGGCUACACAUCAGCAACCUGUGCGGCUUGUAAGAGUAAACGCUCAGAAUACCGAACCACCGAGACAUCAUCAAUCUGAGAAUGGAGCCAGGCGUCGGAGGCCAAUUCAGAGACAGUCCCGACCGCAAAAGACAGACUUCGUUACCGUAGCCCCGGCUUCCGUCACGUUCACGACUACAACGUCAGCGCCCAUGACCACAUCGACAGCUUCAAGGCCACCCCGAUUCGGCGAGCGAAAGCAAUCUCACCGUACGAUACCUCUUGUUGCGACGACCACGAAGCCUGUCACAACAGACUUGCCUCCAGCUGUGGUGCCGAACGAAAGGAAAACGAAUGGACUAAAUAAGAAGCGUCGAAGGAAGCCGCACCUGCAACUAAGGCGUGACAUACAUACGGUCGACCUCGUUGCACAAGGUUCAGAUAAGGAAACGCUGAUGGUGCUCCCAGCACACAAUCUAAAUAUGACAGGGGGACACGAUGUGAGAAAAGUUGCGCAUAUUGACAAAAAGCGCGCUGUAAACUCUGAUAACGCUGAGGUGCCAAAACCAGAGGCCAGAAAUGAGGACUCCUACGAAGCCAGGGCAGCAAUAAGGCUUAUCCCAGCACCACUCAGCGUAAAAAGCGUGGCUUCAAGGCGUGCAGACUUUACAGGCCUACCGGGGGGAUGGUACGGUGCUUUUGUCCCUCACAGGCGAUUCUUUCCGUCAUUCCCAGUGUUGCCUCCACGAUUCACUUCCUAUGAGGACAGCACUCAGGAAGAAGGAGACAGACAUUCCGCAAUUCAUUUCCGUCCACCAAUUCCAGUACCCAUCCGGCCACCGUUACCAAGACAUCCACCGAAAUGGGAACUACCCUAUCACACAGCUCCCGCCAACAUUCAACAACACAUCCGAAGACCGAUCCCACCUCCUUUUACUCAACCGUUCGUGAAGGGCAACCCGCUCCCGGUUCGAGGCAAACACGACGAACCACGGUGUGAUCGUUUCUCGGAGGAUAUUUGCCUAGACGACUUCGAGUACCCCGCGGCUGCCAUAUUGGAUACCAUUUACCGACAGCGCCACAAGUUCGACACAAUGUACGCAGAGGUCACGGACAGGACCUCCCAAGUGGAUGGGGUGACAAGAAGCGAGGAAGAAUCUUACGAUAUGCGACACUAUUUUGGCUUGAGAAAGGACCCGACCAGUCCUCCUAGAGACUACGGUCGCGAGAGCGGCUUCAUGUGCCCAUCGGAAAUCCAUUACGGGAAGCCAAGAAGAGCCAGAAACAACAAAGGCGAUUGGAAGGUUAUUGUGAACGUCGGAGAGUUCAAACAAACAAUACGCCUGGAGAAAUGUUUGAGCCCGAACAGUCCGUGCACGUACGUCCAAGAUAAAAUCAUCAGCACCUGUCAUCAAGUCUUCAGUUACCAACGUCUUCUAACAUUCGAAAAGGGCAAAGGUCUGCACGUCGACAUCUUCAAGAUCCCAUCGGGCUGCUCGUGCCACCUUAAAGGUGUCGCGCAGUACUCAUCAGGACCUGUGCAGUCUGCCUCCAGCCAUAACUACCUGGCCAACAGGAACCACAGGAUACCUGAAGAACAUGACAUGCGCAUCCGUAACAGCAACAUCAGCAAGACACUGUGGGCCAUAUUAGCCAGUCGCAAGGACAUGGACCCAAUUACUAAGGAGAAACUGCUGCAACACGUGCAGCAACACCCACAGCUGGAUCUUCAAGGAAACCCGGAGGAGGUGCUGAAGGAGCUUCUCACUGGCAUGGAACGAAAAAACGAUAAGAAGACAGUGGCGCAAUCCCCGACGACCAACAGGCUUCAACCUCCUGAGAAGUUCAAUGACAAGAGUUCCCUGGAGGACUACAGGACUCAGUUUGAGACGAAUGGCUAUCACCGGCCGCACGGAUCUUCUUCUUUGAAGCAGUACCACCGUGACCGCCUUCCCGAACAAUAUUUCGCAGAAGGCGUAAACGACAACCAUCGACCAAUGAACCAUCUACCUAUGCAUCAUUCGUCGGAAGAGGAUGCCUUCAUUUCAAGGUACGCCAGCUUGAGCCACAAAGCUGAGAAGCGCAAGCCCACACGCGAUGAAGAGUACGAGACAGACGUCUACGAAUCAACACCGGAAGACGUUAUGCUCUCUGAGACGCUACGACAGAGACCGUACGGCUCCAACUACUUUCCGGGCAGCAGCACCACGGAAGAGCCAUCCACGAUGAGGGACGUCGCCAAGAAGAUUAAUUUUUCGUAUCAUCCGAUCAUUGACUACAUCAGAACGAAGUGACACGAAACGUGCAACAGCCGAUAGAUCGGCAACAGUGGACCAGCUUGAUGGAUAGUGUGGAACUAAGUAAACAGUAGGCUCCGCACCGUCAGAAUGACAAACAGCAUCACACAGCAGAAUGUGCUGAAAGUUCAAGUGCACGAGGGUGUGCACUUGAAGUGCAUAAGUGACGGUGAUUCAUUUUACUCACACGAAAAAAAAAAAAAAAAAAGAAACACACAAUUUUAUACUACUCGUGUUCAUGUGCACUUCCGUGCAUUUUCAGCACACGGUGUCAUGGACGACAGCAUGAAUUGAAUUGAAUUGAAUUGAACAUUGAAUGUUCCACACGUACAUUAUCGUAAUGCUUCCUGGCCGCCAGGUUUUGGUUGGGUUGGCGGAUAAUGCGAGCAGUGGGUGUGCUCAGAGCUAUUUGGAGCGGUGUAACAUGUUUGCUUGUUUGUAUAUUCAUCCGUCUUUUACGUAACGUACAAAUUUAUUCAGUGAAAUCUGCACCUGCCGAGCGCAUGAAUGAUUUCAUGGUGAUGUCAUGGUCAUGGUCAUGGUUACAUGUCAAAGGUCACGCUGCGACCCUGGCAGCACUGCCCACUCCAUAUUCAGAGGAACGGGUAUCAAUAAGGUAAGCUACUGUGGAAGGAUCCGCCGAAGCCCUUGUACGCAUGUCGUGGUAUCUUGUCAUGAAGAAAAAAAAUUCUAUGACAACAACAAAAUGUGACAAGCAAGUAUCAAACGGUUUCGGUUAUUGUAGAAUUUCGCUAUCACCUAUUGAAUUUCGGCUAUCAUACGUACAACCGCUGUGGCGACAUCCUCGAAGGCGGGCACAGAGGGUCCGUUCUUAAAUCCCAAUCAAGUCAAUCAAGUGAUCAUUUCAGAGUCCCAGACUCUCUUCUCUUCCUCCCUAUACAACUACGCAACUCGUGGCAUCUUAUAAAUCGUGCGUACUUAUUUAUUGUAUCAUGUCACACGAUUCAUAAUGCCGAAAUGUGGUCUGCACCCGUAACACACAGCGCAACUCUCUUCGUCGGUGAAAACUGUGUGCAUAAGAUGGCUAUAUCGUAUAUACUAAUAAAAACUCAUCUACGUAACUCGACAUCGCUUUUUUAU